AGUCUCCUCUGGAGGCGUGGGUUCGAAUCCCACUUCUGACAACAAAUGUUUUUGUUUUUUACCCUUUUUUCUUCGAAACGACGAGAACGUGUUGUUGUUGCAAGCGAAUGUGUUUCCUCCGAUCUAUUCCAUAAAAGAGGUUGACCGGAAGUUUAUCAUCCUUGGUGUUUGUUUGGGAACGGUGUUACACCAUCUAAAACCAUGUUAACAAGUACUGUAACAUUACUUGUUAUUUUAUUGUUAUGCAAGCAGCGUAGACUAUUUCCACUAGUACAAAUAAAAUAGAUACAUACGUUCAUAAAUGCUACAUAAUAAAAAGAAAAGUCAGCUCACACAUUUCAAUCGCUAGAUGGCGGCGUAAUUCAUCACGACUGCUUUUCACAUCAGUUUGCCAGCGCGAAGUCACGAAGGAAUGAAACAUGGCGGAUUCGGUUGGGAGACAGGUUGACAGCAUCAACCACGCUACAGAGGAAGAUGAAAAGAAGCAAGAAAUUAUUCGAGCUAAGGGUGAAGGUAAGGAAUUGACCAAAGAAGAAAAGCAGCGUCUUAGGAAAGAGAAGAAACAGCAUAAAAAGAAUAAAAAAGAUGAUAGGGGUCCUCCAGAGAAGGAGAAAGAGAAAGCAUCUGUACCAGCUCCUUCAAAGCCUGCCACACAGAGCCCAGCACAUAAAGCUCCUGUGCCUGUAAAUGCAUCUGCAUCUGAAUCUCCUGUGGCUGCAGAGAAGCCUGCAAAGAGCAAAGCAGAGCUGCGAGCAGAGCGUCGGGCAAGGCAAGACUCAGAACGGGCAUCAAAACCGGGCAAGAAAGAAGUGGGGCAGCAGUCCACCUCCAGCAAACCUAAAGCUACCCCCAGUGAGCUUCAGCCAGUAGUGAAAAGGUUACCAGAGCACGUUCAGGUGGACGACCCUGCUGCAUUGAAGAAGCUGGCCAAAAAGCUUGAGAGACAGCAGAAGUCAGGGCAGGGAUGCAGUUUAAAUAUAACUGGAGUCAAGGUUCCUUUGAGGUCUGAUUAUGGUUACAAGGUCAGCCUGUUCUCACAUCUACACCAGUACAGCCGAAAAAACCCUCCCACCCAGCAAAUCAGCAUCCCUGUCACAGCUAUUCACCCAUCCAUUGUUCGGUUGGGCCUGCAGUACUCUCAGGGCAUUAUAGCAGGAUCCAACGCUCGAUCUGUGGCCCUACUACAUGCCUUUAAACAGGUUAUUCAAGACUAUAGCACUCCUCCAAAUGAGGAGUUGUCAAGGGACCUUGUGAACAAGCUGUCGCCCUAUAUCAGUUUUCUCAGCCAGUGUCGGCCGCUUUCAGCCAGCAUGGGCAAUGCCAUCAAGUACAUCAAGAAAGAGAUUUCAAAUAUACCCAAUCAGUGCAAAGAAGAAGAGGCGAAAAGGAGACUUCAGGAAUGUAUUGAUAGUUACAUAAACGAGAAGAUCAUUUUGGCUUCUCAAGCCAUUUCUAAGUACGCUAUCGAGAAGAUAAGUGAUGGAGAUGUUAUUCUUGUUUAUGGCUGCUCUUCACUUGUCAACCACAUUCUGUGCGAAGCCUUUGAAAAGCAGAGGAAGUUCAGAGUCAUAGUUGUGGACAGUCGGCCCAGGCUGGAGGGCAGAGAGGCGCUGAGGCGUCUGGUGAAGAAAGGCAUCCGAUGUACUUACGUCCUCAUAUCUGCCUUGUCCUACAUUCUGCCUGAAGUAUCCAAGGUAUUUCUUGGUGCCCAUGCACUUCUUGCCAAUGGAUACGUGAUGUCACGUGUGGGAACUUCCCAGAUUGCCCUGGUAGCAAAGGCCUACAAUGUACCAGUGCUGGUCUGCUGUGAGACCUACAAGUUCUGUGAACGAGUGCAGACGGACUCUUUUGUAUCUAAUGAAUUAGAUGACCCCGAUGAUUUGAUUGUGACCAGAAAUGGGAAGACCCACCUAGAGAACUGGCAGACUGUUAAAUCCCUGGGGCUUCUGAACUUGGUGUAUGAUGUGACGCCACCGGACUUUGUGGACCUUGUGAUCACUGACUUGGGCAUGAUCCCCUGCACCUCUGUGCCUGUGGUACUGCGAGUAAAGAACGUAGAUCAGUGAAGAACAGACAAACACAGUUCUGCUUCCCUCUGCAUCCGCACAUAAAAAGAGUCUGUGCACAUGGGGCUUAUACGUAUCUAUGAAUAGGAACAAAGCCACUGUUUACAUCCUUACUGGUGGUAUCUGUUUCAACUCCAUCUUUUAAAAAAAAAAAAAAGCCCAUCUUAUGAGAUUUUCUAAUCAGAAAAUUCUCAAAUUAGUACUUAAAAUUGUCGUACACAAGAUCCACGAAAUUGUCUGUAAAGGAUUUGUGCUUUCAGUUUCGGCUCAUCAUGGUGCUCAGUGCAUUAACAUAAACAUAAGAACAAUCAUCCUUUUUGGAUCAUUGCUCUUGCCGAAGUCCUUUCAUAGAUAUGAAAAAGGGAAACAGAACAUGGUGCAAAUGUGUGUAAGACCAUGCAGAAGCUAACUAUGUUGCAUAAGGGGUUUUGUUUAUAUAUAUCAAAACCUUGGAAAUGCUACAGAAAAAUAAAUGGGUAAGAUUACAAAGAAAAACAA